AUGGCAUUCGCUGGAAAAGAUCCACUAAGAGCUCCAAUAUCUCUUGCUCUAGACAAUAGAGAAAGAGGGUUCAGAGGUCACAGAGGGUACAAGUGGGAACCUGAGGUGCUUGUUGCUGACACAACAAGGGUCAUUGAAGAUUUUUGUUUACUGCUGAAUGAUGAAGAGAUUGUUGCUGCUGAGGCUCCUGGAGUCCAGAUUGAUCAACCAGAAGUGCAGGCACCUACUGUGGCCAUUCACACUUCACCAGUUGAGCUCGCACGACAAGCUCGAUCGGCAGCUCGAUCGAGUCCAACUCUAGCUCGAUCGAGUCCGACCUCUUCUGUCCCAAAACCUGUUUUGCUUGAUCCUUACCAACCGGUUGCCGCUUCCUCGUCUCGCCUACUUAGUCAAGGUCACAAGGAAGUGAUUCACAAGUUCAGAAGAGAUCUCAGUGGGAUUGGAAUUGAGUUGCCUCCUAUGGAUAGCAUGAGUGAGGCAUUUGAUCAAAUGCAAAUGGUCAAGGAUGUUCUAGCCAACAGUGAUAAAGUUUCAGAGGUCCUACAAGAGUCUACUCAUCAGUUCAACCUGCUUACUUCACCCACCUUCCUACCAAAGGUCAAGGAUCAAGGGAAAUUCACUCUCCCUUGCACACUUGGGCAUCUUGAGAUUGACAAUGCCUUAGUGGAUUCUGGAGCAAGCAUCAAUCUGAUCUCUCUCUCCAUGGCAGAGAAGCUAGGCAUUGCUGGAGCCUUGCAGCGCCCUACUACUUCAAUCAUGUUUGGAGAUGCAACUUCUAAGUCUCCUCUUGGAGUGUUCAAGAACUAUCACUUGAAAAUUGGAGAAUGCAUCAUCCAAACUGAUCUCACUGUGAUGGAAAUGGAAGAAGAGAAGGAUUUGCCUUGUUAUUGGGAACCCCUUUCCUUACCUAGAGGUUCAGACUUUUGUGCCACAAUUGACAGUACCAAUCUCAGUUCUAAGAGUCAUGGAGCUACAAAGGUUGUGAAGGAAAGGGUUGACAAGGAACCAAGAGUUGGGAAGGAUAAGGAUGAGAGAGGACCAAGGAUUGAGAAGCCACGUCUUGAGAGGGCUAGAGUUGAGAAACCACGAUCUGAUAGGCCAAGAGCUGAGACUUGUUCAAGCCCCUUGUGUGCUUGA